CUGACAGAUGUGACUACGUCUUCGUCAAUGGGAAGGAGAUGAAGGGCAAGGUGAAUGUGGUUGUCACCGUCACCUACCAGCACCUGAGCAGCCCCCUGGAGAUGACAGUGUGGGUGCCACGGCUACCCCUGCAGAUCGAGGUCUCAGACAUGGAGCUAAACCAGAUCAAGGGCUGGCGGGUCCCCGUUGUCUCCAACAAAAGGCCAGCUCGGGACAGUGAGGAGGAAGAGGAUGAUGAGAAGAGGGGCCGAGGCUGCACCCUUCAGUACCAACACGCCAUGGUGCGAGUCUUGACCCAAUUCGUGGCUGAGGCGCCUGAUCCCGGGGGACACCUGGCCCACCUGCUGGGCUCUGACUGGCAGGUGGACAUCACGGAGCUGAUCACUGACUUCAUGCAGGUGGAGGAGCCCAGGAUCGCUAAGCUGCAAGGAGGGCAGAUCCUGACUGGCCAGGAGCUGGGCAUGACCACUAUCCAGAUCCUGUCCCCUCUGUCGGAUGCCAUCCUUGCUGAGAAGACCAUCACCGUGCUGGAUGAGAAGGUGACCAUCACAGACCUCGGGGUCCAGCUGGUAACGGGACUGUCACUAUCCCUGCAGCUCAGCCCUGGGAGCAACAGAGCCAUUUUUGCCACUGCGGUGGCUCAGGAACUUCUGCAGAGGCCCAAACAGGAAGCGGCCAUCAGUUGUUGGGUACAGUUCAGCGAUGGCUCUGUCACACCCUUGGACAUUUAUGAUGAGAAGGACUUCUCCCUGAUGGCUACGUCCUUGGACGAGAAGGUUGUCUCCAUCCUCCAGGACCCCAAAUUCAAGUGGCCUAUCAUUGCUGCGGAAAACGAAGGACAGGGGGCCCUGGUGAAGGUCGAGAUGCUGAUCAGCGAGUCUUGUCAGAAGUCAAAGCGGAAGAGCGUGUUGGCUGUGGGAACAGCCAGCAUCAAGGUUAAAUUUGGACAGAACGAUGCGAACCCCAAUGGCAGUGAGAGCGGACAUCUUGGGGCUGGGCUUCAUGUGGAGAAUAUCAAUGACAGGAGAUCCAAAAAGCCUUUUCAGGAAUGGGGGAGCCCCGAGGGAGCAUACUACAGCAGCUCAUCCAUGGGACUCAUGGAAGGAUGGGGCAGUACAACUAAGAGGCCAACCUUCCCGAAGAAGGAAGGCCAGGAAAACCUGUUAGAUGACAUCAUCCUCUCGCAGACCAUGGCCACAGAUCUCACCAGCUUCCCAGACCAGGUGGACCUCCCUGGGAGCAACAUGGGCACUGAGGAACAUGACCCUGAUCAAGCAGCCAAGGGGCUGAGUGACCUCGAAAUUGGCAUGUAUGCUCUGCUGGGUGUCUUCUGCCUGGCUAUCUUGGUGUUCUUAAUUAACUGUGUGACCUUUGCCCUGAAGUACAGGCACAAACAGGUUCCCUUUGAGGAGCAAGAAGGUCUGAGUCACUCUCACGACUGGGUUGGGCUGAGCAACCGGACAGAGCUCUUGGGGAACCAUCUGAACUUCGCCUCCUCCCAGGAGGAGCAGAUCACUGCCAUUGACAGGGGUCUGGACUUUGAGGAGAGCAAACUCCUUCUCAGCUCAAACUCUCAGAACAGCAUCAACGGACAGCUGUUCAGGUCCACAGGAGCCAUGCUCACAGAUGACAAAGAACAGAAGAGCGAACCCCCUACGUCCCCUACCUCCAAAAGGAAAAGAGUGACAUUUUCCACCUUCUCCGCCAUCUCCUCAGACGACGGGUGUCCUUCUGGGAACACCAUGGUGUUGAGUAACGAGGAUGAUAUUAAGUGGGUCUGCCAGGCCCUGGAUCCUGGCGAGUGCCCAGAACCUCACAGUUGCAUGGAGCGGCUACAUGAGCACGUGUAACAGAGACACCAAUGUUGUUCUUACCUUUCAGCCUUUAACCCACUUGGGUAUGGGGAGGAGACACGCACCCAGGGGAGAAAUGAGACAAGAGGACACCACAAGGGCAGCACUGUCCAUAGAACCCUGGGAAAUGGUCGCCUCUUAGCUGGGGAGACCCGGGAUCGGUACCCACACACAGGCCAUAGUGCACGA